AAUGCACCAAGCUAGGCAUCACAGCAGAACUCAUCAUCAGAAUGAAGAGUUACACACCGUUUGUUGCUGUGUUUCUAGUGGUAGUGGCUCUUGUUCUUGAAGUGGGCUUCGCCCAAGACACUCCAAGGUCAAUUGUCACUCCUAGUUUCUUCAAUAGCCUCCUCCCUCCGGAUGGUUGUGAGGGAAAAGGCUUCUAUAACUAUGAUGCAUUCAUAUCCGCCGCCGAAAGCUACGGCGGCUUUGGCACCACCGGCAGCCCCGCCGUUAGAAAGAGGGAAAUGGCUGCUUUCCUUGCUAAUGUAAUGCAUGAAACAGGAAGCUUCUGCUUCAUAAAAGAACAAAAUCCACCCAGCGACUACUGUGAUCAAAACAACCGGCAGUAUCCUUGUGUUCCAGGCAAAAGAUACUAUGGCAGAGGACCGUUGCAGCUAUCAUGGAACUAUAACUAUGGUGCGGCAGGGAAGGCCAUUGGCUUCGAUGGCUUGAAUCACCCAGGGAUCGUAGGCCACGAUGCAGGCAUAUCUUUCAAGACUGCAGUGUGGUUCUGGAUGUUGAACAGCAACUGCCACCAAGGAAUCACCACCGGCGGUGGCUUCGGCUCCACCAUCAAGGCCAUCAACGGUGGGGAGUGCAACGGAGGAAAUCCAGGAGCUGUGCGGUCCAGGGUCAAUUUCUACCGGCGGUUCUGCGGGCAAUUCGGCAUAGCCCCAGGUCAAAACAUCGACUGCUAGAUUUCGCCACCGCCUUUCUUCACUGCCAACCUUGGCUAUGAUCCAUCAUACUAAUGUUGGAGGCUUCUGCUACAUCUGAGCAUGUACUCAGAUAAAUAAAUUUCUAUUAAUAAGUUUGGCGAAUAAUAAGCGAUUCUCUCGAAGCCUCUUAACACCUGCUUUUGCCUGUGUUGAGGAGGAGCUAAGGCAUCCAGUAGAGCCAUAGAGGCUAGAAAUAAAUACAAGGGAGUUUGUACCCACCCUCUCUUUCUCUAGAUAUAAAAAAUAUAUCUUGUCCAAAUA